AUGCCUUCCUCCGCUCCUGUAUUACGGCCGAAGAAGGCCCAGCCCGUCAAUGCCCACAAGGCCGAGGCUCCCAUCAGCUACGAUAUCAACAUCCCCUACGUGGAUGUCAAUUCGGACACCAAGGUCCGCACGCGGUAUCCGGAGUAUCUGCCCACGUGGGACAAGAUGUGGUUUGACCCUUUGCCUCCGUUUGAAUACGACGACCCGGCCCUCCGCGUCAAGGACAAGUCCAAGCGCAAUCUGUUGACGCCGGACGCCAAGGUGACCGAGAUCCAGCCGCAAAUCGGCAGCGUCGUCGAGGGCGUCCAGCUCAGCCAGCUGUCCAAUGCUGCCAAAGACGAGCUCGCCCUGCUCGUCGCCGAGCGGAAAGUCGUCGCCUUCCCCAACCAGGACCUCAUCGAUGCGGGCCCCGAGGCCCAGGAGUCCUUUAUGCGCUACUUUGGCAAGCCCAACUACCAGCCCGUGUCCGGCACGGUCCGCAACCACCCGGCCUUCCACAUCAUCCACCGCGAUGGUAACCGCGAGGAAAUCUCGCGCUUCCUGGAGCAGCGCACCACCACCACCCUCUGGCAUCAGGAUGUCAGCUACGAGAUCCAGCCGCCCGGCUACGUCAUGCUGGGACUCCUAGAGGGCCCCGAAGUGGGCGGUGACACCGUCUUCGCCGCGACCGAUAUGGCGUACAAACGCCUCUCACCGACGCUCCGUUCCUGGCUCGAUACCCUCCGCGUCACCCAUUCUUCCGCCAAGAUGAUCAACCACGCCCGCCUAACGGGGAGUCUCGUCCGCAAGGACCCAGUCGACACCGUGCAUCCGCUGGUCCGGGUGCACCCGGUCACGGGUGAGAAAUGCCUCUUCGUCAACGGCGAAUUCAUCACGAAGAUCAACGGCCUGAAGGAGCCCGAGCAGCGCUGGCUCAUGGAUUUCCUCAUGCAGCACAUCGUCUCCGGGCACGAUUUCCAGGCCCGGGUACGAUGGCAGCCCAAGACGAUUGUCAUGUUUGACAACCGCAGCACGCUCCACUCCGCUAUCGUCGACUACCUGGACGACGAUUACGGUGCGAAAUUGCGCCACAUUUUCCGACUCAUUGCGCUCGGCGAGAAGCCGAUCCCCGUUUACGAUCAGUUCGAGUAG